AAUGUAUGCGCAACCUCAGCCGGCGCCACGUCAACGUACGGCAAUCGCGUGUCGAUACUGUCGCAGACGGAAGGUACGCGCCUCACUGACCGCUUGUUCGACGCGCAUGGCUGACACGUGCGCGUAGAUUCGCUGCUCUGGCUUCGAUCAGUCGGAGGACGGGCGCACCUAACACUCAACUCUACGGUGCAUACGGUCAGCCCCUUCCUCAACAUGGCAAUCGUGAUCCGUACCCGCCGCCUCAGCAGCAACAAGGCGGCCAGUACCCGCCGCCACCGCAGGGCUACCAGCAACCCAACAUGUACGGGCCGCCGCCGCAAGGUCAGGGCCCGAACAUGCAGCCCCUCCAAAGUUUACCAGCCGGCCGCAAGCGCUCCAACGACGAGCCGCACACGCCAACCAUGCCGCCGCCCAAUCCAGCCGAUCAAGCGCAACUUCAGCGUGGGUCGCAGCAGUACGCUUACCCGGACCCAUCGGGUCUUAACCAUGCUGGUGCGUCGCCUGCUUCUUCUGUUACUUCCUUCCAUUCCGCGCAACCGCUCUACAUGCAGCAGCCUGCUCGUGUCUCGCCGCAAAGCGCAUUACCCUAUGAAGCUUCGCGUGCCUCGUCCUCGCCUCACCCGCAAGGUGGCCUGCCUAGCGCGCCUGCUGCUCCAACCUCGUUUGCGCCUCAAUCUGGUAUGCAGUACUGGGGCGGCACGCCGUCGCCAGGUGGCAUGGUUGCUGUGAACGCUGCGCAUCCGGGCGUGAAAAUCAGCGAUAUCGUUGCUUACUCCGGAGCGCAGCAACAGCACCAGCAGCCGCCGUACCAGCAACAGGUUGCGCAGCAGGCGGUGGCGCAUGGGGACGAGCGCACGCGGAUGGAUACGAGCAUGGUUCAAGCUCUGAAUCGUGGACCGAUGUGAAUGGGAAGGCUGACGUGUUCAGCAGACGGUACCAGAGAUGACGGCACUGUCACCACCGGCGCAGAGAAGGAGGAGAUGAGAAGGCGUAAUGGCGAAGUCAGGGACGUCGGCGUUCAGACAGACGACCUGCCACCGAUGCCGGCAGCCAAAGAGCAGGACUCCUAGGCGGCUGCGCUCGUGGUUGAUGCG